AUGGUUGUAGAGCUGCUGGUAAGACUUGGGGAGGACAGUGAGACACGGAGAGUACUGCAGCGCGAAGACCGCCAGGCAGCAGUUGCUGCUGCUGCUGCUGCUGCUGCUGCUGCUGCUGCUGGAGCGCUGCCAGAGCAGCAGCGGCUUUGCUGCAGUGACCUGCAGCAGCUGCUCGAAGUCCACGGGCAGCAUCCGGCGGGUGAGGGGCUGGAAAUAAAAAGAAUGAGCUCUGAAGAGUUCAAGCAGUUCUUCUUUUUGCUGCUGCGCUGCUUUCGAGGGGCUCUGCUGCUGCUGCAGCUGCUGCAGCUGCUGCAGCAGCUGCAGCAGCUGCUCGUGCGUGUUCUUCUCGCAAACCGCUACGGGGCAGAGGCAGCUGCCAGCAACCAGCGAGGGGGGCUGUGCUGCCAUUGCAUGCACCAUUUGCAGCUCAUCCAAAACAUUCGCAAGGGCCUCUGUCUCCCUUGUUGCUUCCUCCUCUUCAGCUUCGUCUUCCCCCCCGAAGAGGAAAGCCUCAAGAGAAGAGGGCAGCGGCAAAGUCUCGAGGAGACAGUCGCAUUGAGCAUCUGCUGCAUAGGGUUUGAGAGAAGCCAGCAGCUCAUCCAGCGUACCAGCAGCAGCAGCAGCAGCAGCAGCAGCAGCAGCAGAAUCUGCUGCUGCUGCUGCUGCAGCAGGCGGGCUCCUCAGGUAGCCAGAAGGCAGCAGGGGACACGAAAGGUCUCCAAAGGCACUCAUCGAGUCCGCGUUUUCAAAAGGCAAUUCGUACUGCUGCGGGUCAAUUGCGCGCAGCAGCAAAUGGACUUUCUUCAGCCAAGGGACCAAUCCAGCAGCAGCAACUUUCAGCAGCACUCCAUUUCUUUCUUCUUCUGUCAAAGCUCCUUCGCUGCUGCUGCUGCUGCUGCUGCUGCAGCUGCUGCUGCUGCAGCUGCUGCUGCUGCUGCUGCUGCUGCUGCGUGCUGCUGCGGGCGCGAGGCCCUCCAUCAGCGGGUAGGGGGGCGCGAUGGCGUCGAGUUGAGCUGUCGAUACACGAGUCCUUCAAUGGUCAGGGGCUGUCUUCUUUUGCCUCCUUCUUUUUCAGCAAUUGCAUGCGCUUCUUGCUGCUCCUUUGCUGCAGCAACCUGCAGCAAAUACGUCUCCACCCCUCUGCUGCUGCUGCUGCUGCUGCUGCUGCUGCUGCUGCUGCUGUUGCUGCUGCUGCUACUGCUGCCGCCCUCGCCGCUGCUGCCGCCGCUGCUGCUGCCGCUGCUGCUGCCGCUGCUGCCGCUGCUGCUGCUGCCGCUGCUGCUGCUGCUGCUGCUGCUGCUGCUGCUGCUGCUGCUGCUGCUGCUGGGCCUGAUGCGAAGUGCUGCUGCCCCCAGCUGCAGCCGCCGCUGCGGGUGCGGCAGCCGUUUGGCCAGCAGCCGCAAGUCAUCUGUACAUACACCCUGCAUGCUGCGGCCCCGCAGAGCAGCAAGAGCUUUGCUGUCGUCUUCAGCAGCAAGUUUUUCUGCUGCUGCUGCUGCUCGCCACGCCCGCACCCUCGAGAACGCAUGCACCCACUCCUCCCCUGCUGCUGCUGCUGCUGCUGCUGCUGCUGCAGCGGGCGUGCCCAGCGAGGGGGAAGCUGCAGCGGGUGCAGGCAGCGAGCUUCCUGGGGACCCUCCUGCUGCUGCUGCUGCUGCUGCUGCUGCUGCUGCUGCUGCGGCUGUGGGGCCGCUGGACUCCAUUUGGGACUCGCCGUCGCUGGUGAAGCUGUCGCUGCGCCGGGCGGCGUCCCCGUGCUGCUGCUGCUGCUGCUGCUGCAGCUGCCGCAAGUGCUGCUGCAGCAGCUGCAGGUGGCGGUGCUGCAGCUGCUGCUGCUGCUGCUGCUGCUGCGGCGGGCUCUGA